AUGUGCUUACUGCUUCCACAUUUCAAAAUACACCGAGGUACUUCCAUGUUGUCAAGAUCAAUCCGGAAUACAAGUCAACCGCCCAAUCAGCCAGCACGCAUCACCACCCCGCCAUGCCAUCACUACUACGUUCAUAUCGAUUGCACUGUGCUCACUAUGCGUCGGAUGCGCCUAUUGACUACUACAGGCGCACAUAGUACUGCACGAUUGCCUGUUUUCGCUUUCCUUUCUGCCUGCCACCUUUUGCUUCCUUACUGUCAAGCAAUUUCCAUCUAUGCGAAGUCACUUCAAUCAAUAAGGCUUUGA